AUGCGGUUUUCCAUCAGUGCAACGGUCUCGGCAGCUUUGCUCGCAGCCAAUGCUGCCGCCCAGCUGAUCCCGGUGACUCUAACCGAACCGACUUCAUCAGUUGGAACUCCCGUCUUCUACACCACCACAUUCAUAACUUCGACACGAACCGCCACGAUCAGGCUGUCGAAUUCCACUUCAAGCAUCAACUACAACAGCAGUACUAGCAUCAGGGCACUCUCCGGCUCCUUGUCUCCCGUCCUCCCGACCGUCUCUGUUCUCCCUACAACCCUGGUCGCCUCUACGACCCGGGUUCUCUCUACAGCUAUUCCUACUCCGACAGCUGUCCCCGGUGUUACUGCCGAUCAACAACAAGCCCUGGAUCUUCACAACGCUGCCCGGAAAGCAGUUGGAGCCCCCCCACUGACCUGGGACGCGAGCCUCGCCAACGAUGCUCUGACCUACGCGAAGACGCUGGGCUCGGUCGAUGUCAUGUCCCACGACCCUCUCAACGGGGCCAGGGGGCAGGGAGAGAACCUCUACUACCAGUUUGGUAGCGGCAACCCUCCGUACACGGCCGCCACCACCUGGUGGCUUAACGAGAAGAAGCUCUACGGCGGCCAAGCCAUCCCGAAGAACAGCCCCGACGGAAGCACGUUCUCCCAGUAUGGUCAUUACACCCAAGCCAUCUGGAAGUCUACUUCCAGGGUUGGCAUGGCCAUUGCAAACUCUGCCAGUGGCAAGACCUAUGUUGUUGCCCGUUAUGCAUCUGCUGGAAAUGUGUAA